CUCCUCAACAGGUUAACUAGAAAGUAUCUGGAGAGGAGCCUGUUGAUGCAGACACAGCCGUGGAGACAUUGAGAAAUGCCGGAAGUACAAGAUAUGUGACAUGUUUUCUGUGUCUGUAAUGGCAUUGUGGUAAUAUGACUGGAGUAGGAAUUCGUAAAACCCAGGAUCAAGAUGUGAGGAGAUGAGUUUGAAAUUUAGGAUGGGAGGUGAUGCAAUUUGAAUUCGAUAAUAAAUGUGAAGAAGAGCCUGGUGUGGCUCACAUAGCGCAGUGGAAGUGUCCCUACUCCAGUGUCACGUCCAACAUGAUCCAGAGGAAUGCCGUAACAUUCCCUGAACAGGUUGAUCAGAAAACAUCUGAAGAAGAGGCGUUCGAUCUUAUCCUUCCACCAAUCCAAUCUCAGUUUUCCCAAAACAGCAUCAUAGAAUUAUCUGUCCAUCAUGAACAAGACAUUUCAAUACCUCAUCACUCACCUUCCUUUCUCACCAUCUUUCAGGUUUUCUUGUUAUUUGAAGAGGACGACAACAGGGCAGCCAAGUGUGGAAUCUGAUUUACAAAACGUUGUCUCAGGAUAUUCGCUGAGACAUUGCGGGACACAAUCCUCCUGUUUUGAAACAGUUCAUGAUGGUUUGGACUUUCCGGGAAAUGACAUCCAUCAGUCUGUGGUCGAGAAUGAAGAGAGUUGUCAAAGAAAAUGUACAGAGGAACCUGACUGCCAGUUUUUCACCUUUAUAAAAGAAGAAUUUCACAAUGAACCACAGCGUUGUGUGCGUGAAGAAAUUGCCAAGGGAUGUGUUUGGACAUUUCAAUACCUCAUCACUCACCUUCCUUUCUCACCAUCUUUCAGGUUUUCUUGUUAUUUGAAGAGGACGACAACAGGGCAGCCAAGUGUGGAAUCUGAUUUACAAAACGUUGUCUCAGGAUAUUCGCUGAGACAUUGCGGGACACAAUCCUCCUGUUUUGAAACAGUUUAUGAUGGUUUGGACUUUCCGGGAAAUGACAUCCAUCAGUCUGUGGUCGAGAAUGAAGAGAGUUGUCAAAGAAAAUGUACAGAGGAACCUGACUGCCAGUUUUUCACCUUUAUAAAAGAAGAAUUUCACAAUGAACCACAGCGUUAUCUUUGCUACCGCAAGAAAAGUGUAAGGGGAACUCCACCAAGAAUAAGUAUUCUUCAGAAUGUCAUCUCUGGAUUUUCUUUCAGGGGAUGUGCAGUCAAUAACUCAGAGUGAAGAUUUGAUAAAUUAUUGGCAACGCACAUUUUCACCGGUGGACAAGUUAACAGCCAAUCACAUUGUGCUAUAUUUGUAUCUGCUUAGAAAUUACCAUGAAGAUUAAACUCACCAACAAUUUUCUCUCCCUAAUGAGGGAGCAGAACUAUGGUCUUUGGGGACUAUAGCAACUUUAUUUUAACAUUUGUAUACAAUUGAUUCUGAUGUGCAUUUGUUUGAUGCUUUCUUUGCCAGGUUCAAUUAUAAAGCAAUAAAGACAUUAUGUUAAGGAUA